GGAUACCAUGUUUUCUGUUUUCAAGCUUACGGUUUUGUUCCUCCUCGCAAGAAUUGGGGUAGCCUCGCAAGGAGAAGAAGUUGGUUUCAUCUACAAUGGUUUUGGAGGUGCAGACUUGCAGUUGGACGGUACAGCCAAUAUCACAUCUAAUGGCCUCCUCAUGCUGACCAAGGUCAAUACGCGACAGCAGCAGGGCCAUGCCUUCUACGUUAAUCCGAUUCACUUCCUCGACCCAUCCUCACCAGAUGGCGCGGUUGCUCUCUCCUUCUCUACCACUUUUGUCUUUGACAUAGUACCCGAGUUCACCCCAUUGGGCGGUCACGGAAUGGCCUUUUUCAUCGGACCCACAAGAGGUCUCCCAUCUGAUGUUCAAGCAAGCCAAUAUCUUGGCCUCUUCUCUGACUCCAACCUUAACAAAUCAGAAAAUCAUAUAUUCGCAGUCGAGCUCGACACCGCACAGAGUUUGGUGUUCAAUGAUAUAAACGACAACCACGUUGGUAUCGAUAUCAAUGGAUUGGUAUCUGUUGCUUCUGCUCCGCCCUCCUAUUUCCAUAAAGACGGUCAAUCCAAGAACCUAAGCCUCAUCAGUGGCGAAUCCAUGCAAGUCUGGAUUGAUUACGAUGGUGUACACAAGCAUCUCAACGUCACAUUAGCUCCAAUCCAUGUUUCUAAACCGGCUCUUCCCCUCUUGUCUAUUUCUCUCGAUCUUUCUCCGGUCAUGAAGGACUCCAUGUUCCUCGGUUUCUCAUCCUGUACUGGACACGUUUCCUCAUCUCACUAUGUGUUGGGGUGGAGCUUCAAGCUGAACGGGCAAACAGAAGAACUCAAUCUCGACCAACUUCCCAAGCUUCCUCGACAAGGACAACGUCGAACCAACCAGAAACUUCCUAUUCUGAUCAUAGUACUUCCAAUAAUUGCUGCUGCUUUAGUGUUGGCGACCAUCUUUGGUAUCCAAAUUAUAAUUAAAAGGAAGAGAAAUUUUGCAGAAGUGCAUGAAGAAUGGGAACUCGAUUUUGGGCCUCAUAGGUUCAAGUAUAAAGAUUUAUACGUGGCCACUAAGGGGUUUAAACACAAGGAGCUGCUGGGUAUUGGUGGCUUUGGUAGGGUGUAUAGAGGGGUAUUACCCACUUCCAAAAUCGAAGUUGCAGUGAAGAAAAUCUCUCAUGAAUCGACACAAGGGAUGAGGGAAUUUGUUGCUGAGAUCGUUACCGUCGGUCAACUACGGCAUCGAAACCUAGUAACGCUCUUGGGUUAUUGCCGGCGUAAAGGAGAAUUCCUUUUGGUUUAUGAAUGCAUGCCCAACGGAAGUCUAGACAAGUUCCUAUUCAAUCCAUCUAUGCCGGUGCUGAAUUGGAGUCAGAGGUUUCAAAUUAUUCGAGGUGUAGCAUCUGCUCUGUUUUAUCUACACGAAGGUUGGGAGCAGGUUGUGGUUCACAGAGAUGUCAAGUCCAGUAAUGUUCUAUUGGACAGGGAAUUCAAUGGAAGAUUAGGAGAUUUUGGACUUGCGAGAUUGUAUGACCAUGGAACUGAACCUCAAACAACACAUGUAGUUGGAACUUUGGGUUAUCUUGCACCAGAAUUUUCAAGAACCGGCAAGCCCAACACGAGCACAGACGUGUUUGCAUUCGGGGCUUUUAUGUUGGAAGUUGCUUGUGGAAGGAGGCCAAUAAAUCCAAGAGCAUCAGCAGAUCAGGAUGUGGUGUUGGUGGAUUGGGUAUUUUCAUGCUGGAGCAAAGGGGCAAUUCUUGACACAGUGGAUCCAAAAUUGGGAAUAAAUUAUGUAGAGGGGGAAAUGGAACUGGUGUUGAAGCUUGGAUUGCUUUGCUCUAAUGGGGUUCCUACAGCAAGGCCAACAAUGCGACAAGUCGUGCAGUAUUUGGAGGGAGAACUUCCUCUAACAGAUCUUUCAUCUCUUACUCUGAGUGAUAGUGGUUUAAAAUUUGUAGAUGGCCGAAGCUUUGAUGAUUUUUUGGUGACUCCAUCAUCGUCUGUUUCAGAAUGGACACUCUCUGGAGGACGUUGAUUCUCGCCUACCCUAUUGGGUUUUGAUGUAGUCAAUUUUUUUUAACUGUAAAUACCAGCCCCGCUUUGGUUCUGAUCCUCUUCCAAUAAUGUUUAUCUUAUAGAACCA